AAAUAUGACGUUUUUGAUGGCCCAGAGAAUGAAAAUAUCCUUCAUUACUUUUUGCAUCAUCAUACUCUGUGCAACUGAUUCGUACCAAGCAACUCGAAUGAAAAGGUAUUCAAAUGAUCAAAGAGGUGAAUGGAGUUGGAACCGUGGAGAACAGCUUAUCGAUGACCAACCAGGAAAUGCUGCCAAAACCAAUUGGCCAUCCAGCAAAGGAGAUUCUGGUAACAUCAGAGGUCAACAAGCAUCCAAGACAAACAGAGGAGGUAACUGGAAUGCAGACAAUUGGUCUAACCAAGACACCAAAGGAGGCUCAGAUAUGGGAUGGACUAACCAGCAGCCUCAAGGCAACAACAAAGGCAGUGCUUAUCCAGAUGGGAGUGACGACGGAUCUCCUGGUGAUCUCGAAGUACUUUUGAGGGGUGUUCCUGGCAUGGAUUUCCCAAAUUUUCAAACAAUUCCAGACACAGACUUCGACUGCAGCCAGAUGCCAUCUCAAGGUUAUUAUGGAGAUGUUGACGCUGGUUGUCAGGUAUUUCAUAUUUGCCAACCAGGAAACAGAAAAGAUUCCUUUUUAUGCCCACUCGGGACAAUAUUCAACCAGAAAUACCUUGUUUGCGACUGGUGGUUCAAUGUCAACUGUUCCGAAACUCAGUCUCUUUACGAACUAAACAAAGAUAUUUACAAAGAUACAGCAUUAGUAACUGAUAAACCCACGACAACAACAGAAAAGAUGCUUCCCUGGUCUGCCCAAGAUCUUGACGGGAAACGUCCCGGUAAAAGUUGGAACAACCAAGGACCACCAGGAAAACCAAAUGCUGUCAGUAUGGACAUUCCAAGCAAAAGAGGUGGAAAAUCAUAUUCGGGUAACGCCGCAAAAUCGUGGAGUCAAACAGAUGUUCAGCAAAAAGAAGUAACAUUUUCCUGGAGUACAUCUAAAAACUAUGGUAGCUCUUCAUUUUCCGCAGGUGCUUCAAAUCCAACACCUAAGCCUAUUUGGUAUGGUAUAGAUGGCAAACCAGCUAAAGACCAAAGUGAGCCACCCCGCAAACAUAAUGGCCUGGUGCAGAGUAAUGCUCCAUUCGGGACAAGAAUGAAAGCUAGUCCAUCCAUGCCUACAGCUGGUACUUGGAAACCUUCAACAGACCAAACCACAACAACACCCAGCUGGAGAAACAGCCAAUCAACAACAGCAAGUUCUCAUGGAUGGUUAAACCAUCCUGAAACUUCCAUUGUUCCAUCCGGAGUGGAUGGAGUUUGGGAACAGGGAACAACUGGAUCACUGGAACAGAAUGCUGGAACUUAUUUCGAUAGCGAGAGGGAUAAUUCUUUAAAUUCCAUACCUGUUGGAACUUCACAAAAUCAUAAGAGACAGGCUCUGGUAGAUAUCAGCAAUCCCGAAAUUCAUACGACACCAAUUGAAACCAAAAGUUCUUUUCUGGGAUCAACCACUGCAACAAGCUUGGGAGAUUGGGUGAACUUGCCCGAAACAUCUAUUGUUCCAAGUGACGUCAAAGGAGUUUGGGAACAAGAAACAGUUAAAGAACCCGACUAUAGUAUGUCACCGUCGGUUAUAGGUGCCAGAGGAAUCGUCAUCAAAGCUUCUGGAUCCAGGCCAAGAGAAAGCCGAUUCCAGUCUUCAACGACAAGGAACAGAGUUUGGAGGCAAAGGCCAUCCACACGAAAAGAAAACAGAUCCAUGGAUCCAUCAAUAUCCCCAGAGAAAAAGUGGGGUAAAAGAAGAACCUCGAAAUCGAAGCAAACCGCUCGCAAAAAUAUUGCUACUAGAACCAACUCUGUUGCAAAAAAUCAAUACUGGUAGUACAGAGUAUGCUAAGAAUUCAACAACAUGUCACUUUACCUUGGAUUGAUAAAUGACUAUGUACAACAUAAAAAAUGUCCCUUAGAUGAAGGUAUAUGUUUGUAGUACAUUCACUGCCGAAAAUAAGGAAAUCUGUAAUUAUUUUUUGUUUACCACGAACAAAUUUUUCGAAAUAAUGACAUUCUACUUGGCGACAUUGGGAUAUUUAACAUCAUUUAAUAACAGCCUUAAAAACAAAGGACGCUCUCGUUGUCGAUGGAGAUAUCGCCAACUUGGUAAUCUUGGAGAUAUUUUUGGCAACAAAUGACUUCUUUAAGCUCAAAAUGCACAAGUCUUGAGAAUUGAAAAGGCAUAAGGAUGUGAAAUAUCAGAGAAUUCACAAGAAGCUUUUCGUUCCUCCAAACAAAUCGGUAGUUGAUGGACCAUUUGUAUUGGUUUUCAUAUGUGAAUCUAACACAUUUUGUUAAUACAGAAUUAUAUAGUUCCAUCUUAAGUACAGAAGAAAAAAAAACGUUACGUAGUUUUAUUAAAGAGUAUUUCAGUUUAACCAUCGGUGCAAUAUAAUUUAACUGUCAUCUAUCAAGCCUAUUCAUUCAUUAUAUAUCUAAUCGAAAUUCGCUUUGAAUCUCUUAAUUCUUCCAUUUGAGCCAUUUUCAUUUAUUUUAUCGUAAUAGAUAUCACGCACAAGUUUUCAUAUUGAGUCUAUUUUUCUUCUUUUGCAUUAUACAUGAAUUAAAGAAGAAAUAUCAAUAAUAAGGCAUAAUUGCUUAGAAAUUAAUCCUCCGCCAGUAAGAAUAUAAAAGUUAUUUAACACUUCAUUUUACUUAUUUUAAAUGUCAUUUUGCGCAAUUGUUUAUUUUUGUUUUUUAAAUCUGUAGCAGAGGAUUGAUGAUGGCUAUUAUUUUUACUCUGAUAUCUGGUGGAGGUAUUUAGGGGUUUUGUAGAUGGUUUUAUUCCUAGAUACUAGAUUUUGAGAUUUGUACAAUUGAUUAUAUGCGGGUAUUUAUUUAUUUGUAGUGUUUUUUAGUUGUUUAUAAUAAAGUUUUUUUUA